AAAAGACCAACAAUUUCAUCUUAACAAUUUGCCAUUAUAAAUCCUAAAUCUCCCAAUAAAUAGAUAUCAUACAUUUCUAGCUGAAUAACCCAAUCCUAGCUGAGGAUAUCCUACAUUUCUAGCUGAAUAACCCAAUCCUAGCUGAGGAUAGGGGUGGACACAAAACAAGAUUACACAAAUUGGACCAGAACUGGUUGGUUUUUCUUCUGCCAAAUUGGGACCAGAACUCGAAGGUUAUAGUUCAGGUUUUAUAAAUUUAUCCCAAAAAUAAACAUUUUAUUCGGAGUAUUUAAUUUAAUUGUUCUAAUUAAUUGGGUCAUUUCCAUUAUAAAUUUACAUUCAAAGCUCUGGCACUCAAAGCUCAGCAACUGUUGAACAUCGGUCUACACCUGGAACUAAUUUGCCACGGGAAAAUGGAUAUUGAUCGGGACGCUAAUUCCGGAGGAACAACUGAAGGAGUACAACAAGACAAGGGCAGUUCAGCAAUCAUGGUGAUAUUGGUGGGUGCACCGGGCAGCGGAAAAUCUACGUUUUGCGAUCAGGUCAUUAGGGCAUCCUCUCGCCAUUGGGUUCGUAUCUGCCAGGAUACAAUUGGGAAUGGAAAGGCAGGGACAAAGGCACAAUGCGUGAUGAGUGCAACUCGUGCAUUGGAGCAAGGCAGAAAUGUGUUCAUUGACAGGUGCAACUUGGAUAAAGAACAACGUUCAGACUUUAUGAAACUUGGUUGUGACUCAAUGGUGGUUGAAAAGCAUGCAGUGGUUCUUGAUCUUCCAUCAAAGAUAUGCAUAUCUCGGUCUGUCAAACGCACUGGGCAUGAAGGAAAUUUGCAAGGUGGUAAAUCUGCUGCAGUUGUUAAUAAGAUGCUUCAAAAGAAAGAAUUGCCCAAUUUGAGUGAAGGAUUCAAACGGAUUACAUUCUGUCAUGAUGAAAAAGAGGUUCAAGCUGCUAUUGAUAUGUACUCAGGACUUAAUCCCUCAGAUUCACUCCCAUCAGGCUGUUUUGGUCAGAGGAAUCCAAAUGCUAAGAUUCAACUUGGUAUAAUGAAGUUCCUUAAGAAAGUAGAUCCGGUGGGAGAUAAUAUUGCAUCCACAUCACCUCCUGCCUCCAAUGAUGCAAAGAGCAGUGAAGAGCCAGAAACUGCUAGCACUACUUGCAUGGACAGUUCUUCUCAUGAUGUUCCAACCUUAGCAUUCCCUUCUAUUUCUACAGCAGAUUUCCAGUUCAAUCUUGAGAAGGCAUCUGACAUCAUAGUUGAGAAAGUACAGGAAUUUGUGCCUAGACUUGGAAACGCUAGGCUUGUUUUGGUGGAUUUGUCAAACAAUUCAAAAAUACUUUCCCUGGUCAGGACAAAAGCUGCAAAGAAGAACAUUGACUCUAAUAAGUUCUUCACAUUUGUUGGUGAUAUCACUCAGCUACAUUCUGUUGGAGGGUUACGCUGCAAUGUAAUUGCUAAUGCUGCCAACUGGCGACUUAAACCAGGAGGAGGAGGGACAAAUGCGGCUAUAUUUAAUGCUGCGGGUGCCGCACUUGAAAGUGCAACGAAGGAAAGAAUUGGAUCCUUAUCACCUGGAAAAGCUGUUGUGGUUCCCCUUCCGCUGACAUCCCCCCUCUGUAGUAGGGAGGGCGUCACUCACGUCAUACAUGUUGUUGGACCCAAUAUGAAUCCAAAGAGACCGAAUUGUCUAAACAAUGACUAUGUCAAGGGAUGUAAGAUUCUUUCUGAAGCUUACUCAUCACUCUUUGAUGGAUUUGCAUCAGUGGUACUCAGGGCCCAUGGCGACUUCUCCAAGGAGAACUCAUUUAAACUGCAAGAUCAACAGGGUAGAGAAUAUCAGAAUAGUGAUCAGCAGAAGUUUGAGAGGGAAGCUGAUUUUGAAUCUGUUAGCAAAAAACUUAAAAGCGUUCAGAAAGUAGACCCCAGCACUGAGUGUCCUCUUGACACAAAGAACUGCUUACAGAAAAAAGAUGCAAGCAAAACUUGGGGAUCAUGGGCACAAGCUCUUUAUGACAUUGCUAUGCAUCCUGAAAAGCACAAGAAUGAUGUCUUAGAAACAACGAGCGAUGUUGUGGUUUUGAACGAUAUGUAUCCUAAGGCUCAAAAGCACCUAUUGGUGCUUGCACGAGUUGAAGGCCUUGAUCGACUGUCAGAUAUUUGUAAAUUGCAUGUCCCAUUGCUUAAUACAAUGCAUGCUGUUGGCCUGAAGUGGGCAGAAAUGCUUCUGGAUGAAGAUGAAUCAUUAAUAUUCCGUCUUGGAUACCAUUCGGUUCCCUCAAUGCGACAACUGCAUCUUCAUGUGAUUAGCCAAGACUUCAACUCGAAGCAUCUGAAGAAUAAAAAGCAUUGGAAUUCAUUCAACUCUCCAUUCUUCCGGGAUUCAGUUGAUGUGAUAGAGGAAGUCAGUGAAAACGGAAAGGCUGUGUUGCAGGAUGAUAGCGAAAAAUUUCUUGCAAUGGAAUUAAGGUGUCAUAGAUGUCGUAGUGUUCAUCCCAACAUUCCACGGCUCAAGGCACAUGUUAGCUUAUGUCAUGCUCCAUUCCCUUCUUUCCUGCUUCAUAAUGGCCGUUUAGUAUCAAAACUGAGCAAGCUCCAAAAUGAUAGUAGCUGAUAGGCUCCUUCCUCUUUCAUGAUCCUUUUAUCCACUUUAGACGUACUAGUAUGGCACACAUGCAUCGUAUUUGGUGCAUCCUUAUUUUGCGUAGUACUUGUUGCGAUAAAUUGCUAGUUUAGUAUGUAGCAUACGUCUUCUCGAAACUUGUGGAAUAUAUUCUCAAAAAACAAUUGUGCAUA